GAUCCCCAUGCCUCCACUGCCAUCUCGAGUUGUCGUGCGGACUCGGUUCAAGGGAAGAGCAGAUUAGGCAGCCUUGUGAAUUUUGCUGCUGCAUCCAUGUCCUCAACUUCCUUUCCUCUUUUUCUUGUAUAUACCUCCCAUACCCUUCCGUUGACUCCUUCUUUCUUGCAUCCACCGUCUUUUCGAGUCCGCAACAAGCAGCUCCAUUCUUCAUUGCUUGCGCCUUGUCCGUGUUCUUGAUACUGAUAUACCACAAUUAGCUACUUUGCUCUCCCCCUUUUCCUCAUAGGUAGCCGGCCAUCAUCAGCAUUCUGAGUUCAUGAACCCGCAAGAGACCGAGAUCCUCGUCCACAUCGCAGCACCGGCCAGGGCUGCCGACGAUGCCAAGUACCGAGCCCUGGCCGCGGCCUACCUCAGCUUUAACCCAGCAACUCAUACAACAGUAGUUCUCGCUACACCGAAAGACAACCAGGAGCUCUGCCAUACAGGCGAAAAUGUCCAGACCCAGCUGUUUCAGACACAGGACCCUCCUCGAUCGACUCCUGGAGUAAUCCAGUCCCCGAUGCUGUCGUUCCAGAGCGCGGCGAAUAACUUCGGGUCCCCUCGGUUACAGCAACCUGGUGAGGGGAACAUACUGGAGUCUCAGUCGUUAUGGCGGCCUCCUCCAAGUGUUAUCCAGGAUUCAAUGCCGGAAAAUGAGUUCGUACUCCCUCAAUACUGCACGCCAACGAGGAUCCUGGAGCACUACACUUCCGGCAUCGCCAUUACCCCGUUGAACAUGUCGCCGCUUUCGCAGAGACGACAAACCAAACCGCUUCCGCCAUCGAGCUCACCCAAAACAGGCCGGGGAGAAAUGCUCACAUUCGACAUUGGCAGCCGCAGCCCCCCGCCCCAUGAGGACCAAGGCACAGUGAUCCCUCUGUCACCUAGGGAAGCUGUGGAACGCCACCGGCAAAUAACUCUCACAGCGUCGGCCAUUGUGGAGGAGACUCGCAUCGGCUCGUCCUACCCUAGCCGACAGGGUGCGCCCGCCUCUUCAUCGCGCGCCGAGUCGGAACCUCCGCUCUCUAAACGGCCACGCACAUCUCAGAAUCCGGCUCCCGGCAAGCCGAUCAUCAGGAGCGCGAGCGACGUGGGUCCCCAACGAAGAACAAUCAUGGACACCGCAUCGCAUGACCUCCCAAACACGUUCGAGAUUAUUUCGCCCCCUCCGCUCACGGACCAAAGAGAGCUCCAACCCGAGGAUAUGAUCACCGACGUGCUGGCCAGGCUGGCGCGCGAACUCAAUCUCGAGAAGCGGUUCCGGCCUGAGUCGCAGACGCGGGACCUGCGCCCUUUCGAGAGGGGCUACUGGCUGGUCGACUGCACCUCGUGGGAGCCCGAGUUGAAGCGAUCCGCCUGGGGGUUCCUGACCGACUACUUGGGCAAGGGCGCCGCGGGGUGGGGCACGCUGUGCAGGCGGGAUGCGGACUUCUCGUACCUCCGGUUGUACUGCUGGGGCUGCGUCGUUGGGCACAUGUACCUUGUGCUGUACCUCGCCUGCAAGCGCAGGGUGAUGAAUACGGGGACGAGGUGGAUUGGGGCGGAUGGCGUGGCGGUUGUUGUCAUGGGGCCCAGGCCGGGGCCUGUAUGAGUUAAACCGAAGAGGAGAUGAGGGUUUCUGCUUGGUUUUUUCUUUGGAUAUGUCUUGUUCAGUGGCUUGGACUGGAUGGAGCAUUGGCUGGCGAGGGUUUUGCAUUUCAUAUUAUUGAUACCCACUUGGAGCAUUGCGCGGAGUUCGGGCUUGUGGGAUACCUGGUUUAAUGGGCUACGAUCAGGUACGAAUUCCGAUCCUGGUUAACCAAACAUACGAUCCCUGGCAGCUCUGUCCUGAUGCGGU